CCAUGCUCCAAGCCCGGCUUGAAAGGGUCUCAGGGCAGUGGGGGAGGCUCCCUUCCAGCCAAGCUUGGUCUGUUCCUUCCCUGGGUAGCCCUCCUGCCUUUCUUCUAGUCGGUGAACCGGAGCCUGACCCUGGCCCCCGGCCCCAGAGGACAGGACUGGGGCGGGGAAGGGACAGAGAGCACGGAAUGCAGCCUGCCGCACCCCUGGAGAGGACCCCAGGGGCCGAGCGCUGUUUGUCAAGAAUCCUGUCCCUGAGGCCCAGCCCACCUGCCACCUGGGAGGUGAUGCAAGCGAGCACAAGCAAGGAGGAGGGGCAGAGGCAGAAUCAGACUCGGCGCCAAGCAGGGCGCCGGACGCGGGGCUGGACCCCCGGACCCGGGAUCGUGACUGGAGCUUCACCGACGGAGCCCCCGGAGGCCCCAGGCCCCAGGCUCUUGACGAGGCUGCGGACAGAAUGGCCUCGGUGUGGUCGCGUGCAAGCUGAGACUGAAGAGACUGAAGGGGAGAAGGGCCUCAGACCCCUCGGAGGAGCCGGGCACAAGCCCAGCUGCGAGCCCCUGGGGGCCGGCACCGUCACCCAGUCGCCCGGCAGUGUCCCCAGACGCCAAGCCCAGAAGCCGCGGUUCCCCCGGUGCCCAGGGCCAUCCGGGGGCCGGGGGCCUUCUCUGCGGGCCUGGACCUUCAGGUCGGAGGCCAACCCAAGGCCCGCCGGGGCUCCACUCUUGCGCAGUCGGCGCGCUGCCCCACUCUCCGCCGCCGCCGGAGCGAAAGGGACGUGCGGGUCUCCGCUUCUCUGACAAAAGUGGGACCGAAAAGGAGGUUUCCAGGGCACGGUUACGAGACGAGAAUCGGAGGGCGCACGGGCGGGCGGCCCAGGCGGCGACCCCUGCCCAGUCCCAAGCCCUGGACCUCCGACCCCAGACCCCAAACGCGGCUGGCGGACGCCGGGGGCCCG